UUUGUGUACACAUGAAUGCUGCCCUUGCCUGUUUGAGUUUAAAAGACAGUUUCAGCUGCCUGGGUUGCAGUCUGGUGGGAGCCAUCAUGGAGAGAGCUUUGGUGCAAAUCACUGUUUUUGGGCUGCUGCUGCCUUUGGUUACCACACUACCAAACAAGGACGACUGGGACAUCUACAGCUUUCACAUCAACUCCACAGUGACCAGUCGUUAUGCCACCACUGUGAUCACAAGCCGCGUGGCCAAUCGUAUGGACGAGUCAAAGGAAGUUGAAUUCCAUGUCCGGAUUCCCAAGAACGCCUUCAUCAGUAAAUUCAGAAUGUUUAUAGAUGGCCAGGAGUACGAUGGUGUUGUGAAAGCUAAGGAGCAAGCUCAGCAGCAGUACACUGAGGCCGUGGCCCGUGGCCAAAGCGCUGGGAUUGUCAGUUCUGUAGGGAGGACCCUCGAGGAAUUUAAGACCUCCGUGACUGUGGCUGCUCACAAAAAGGUCACCUUUGAACUCACAUAUGAGGAACUGCUGAAACGCAAGCUUGGCAAGUACGAGCUGCAAAUCCACGCUCGACCCAUGCAGCCUGUCAAAGACUUUAAGGUUGAUGUGUACAUUAAUGAGAAAGCCGGCAUCAAUUUCAUUGAGGUUAAAGGAGGGCUGAGCACCAAAGCUCUGGCUAAUGCCAUCACCAAAACACAUGCAGACAAACAGGCGUGGGUGUAUUUCUACCCGACAGAGGACCAACAGAAAACAUGUGACAGCUGUGGAGAUCAGGGUAUGAAUGGAGAUCUGGUUAUUGUUUAUGAUGUCAACAGGGACACCUCACUGGGAGACAUCAAGACAUCAGCUGGGUACUUUGUUCAUCACUUUGCUCCAUCUAGUCUUCCCCGCAUACCAAAAAAUGUUGUCUUCGUUAUUGAUCAAAGUGGCUCAAUGCAUGGCAGAAAAAUACAACAGACCCGAAUAGCAUUAAUCCACAUCUUGAAUGACCUGGCAGAAGAUGACUUCUUUGGUCUCAUCACUUUUGAUGACAACAUUUUUCACUGGAAACGAGAACUUGUUCAGGCCAACCAAGAAAACCUGGAUAGUGCCAAGACAUUUGCACAGGGUAUUAAAGAUAGAGGAGCCACAGACAUUAACGGAGCGGUGUUGGAAGGAGCACGUAUGCUGAAUGCACAUCCCAGAGAAGGUUCAGCGUCAAUCCUUAUACUUCUCACCGAUGGAGACCCAACCACAGGGGUGACAAAUCUUGAAAUGAUACAGUCAAAUGUAAGACGGGCUAUUGCAGACAAAUUCCCACUCUACUGUCUUGGUUUUGGUUUUGAUGUCAAUUUUGAGUUCCUUGAGAAGAUGUCGCUGCAGAACAAUGGUGCGGCACGACGGAUUUAUGAAGACUCUGAUGCUAAUUUACAGCUGCAGGGUUUCUAUGAAGAGGUGGCCACUCCUCUGUUGACAGAUGUGACAAUGAUCUAUGUGGGUGGGACCAAUCUAACCCAGACUAACUUCAGCCAGUAUUAUAAUGGCUCUGAGAUUGUUGUGGCCGGUCAGAUCACUAACAACGACAUUGAAAGCUUCACUCCACAAGUUGUGGCCAUUUCGAGGAAUACAAGGGUGGUGUUUUCUGACACUAACACCCCUGUGGAGUCCACUGGAACAGUGUCUGACAGCCAUAUCCAGAGAGUUUGGGCCUACCUCACAGUCAAACAGCUUCUGGAGAAAGAGCUGCAGUUAUCUGGACCUGAGAAGGAGAAUGUGAAGAAAGAGGCCUUGGAGCUGUCGCUGAAGUACAGCUUUGUGACCCCACUCACAUCCAUGGUGGUCACCAAGCCUCUGGGGGAGAACACAGAAGUGCUCCAUAAACCCAAAGAAGGUGAAACACCUGCUGGUGAGCACGGCCACGCAAGUCAAGGAAACCCUGGUUAUCUCCUUGUUCAACAUUCCCCAGAUAUGUUGAUUCCUGCAGGGAUUAGUUUUCAGGAUUAUGAUGACUCCAUUGGAGAUCUGUAUGAAAUAUCAGCAGGAAACCGUGGUUUCCUCCCUCCACAUUUCCAAGAUAUGUCUUUCAUGGUUACUGCAGGUAUUCUUCCUGGUGUCCCGUUGAUGACUGAGGAGAUCAGGGUGCUUCCCACCAUUGUGCCAGACAGAGCAACUACUGGUCCUCUUUUCCACAGGUUUUUGCUAAAAACUGAGAAUCAAUCUCUUCCACUAUGCUUUGAUGUCGCUGGAGAUGUCCGCCUUAAACUGCUUCACCAUCCCAACAGGGAGCUGUCUGUGAAUGGUGAACUUGAUUCAGUAGUGUAUGGAGGCUUCAAAAGGAUUAUCAUCCACUUCAAAACUGACCAGCAUGUUGAGGUUGACACCAAGGGAAUCACUGUACGAGAGGGACAGACAGUGACACGCCACACUGGACAGGAUCUCAUCACAGUUGGAAGUGUGACAGUGAUCAGGCGGGACAAGGAAAUAGAUGUUGCAGCUGGAGACACACGCAUGGUCAUCUUAAUUCAUGAGCAAGGUGACAAAGAAUUCAUCUGGCCGGUUUUAAGACAGCAGCCAUCGGACGACACCGUUACAGGAAUUUUAGCUCUAAAGGCAGCAGUGUAUGAGGAGGUGCAGCAAACUCCCUCUACAAAACUUAAGCUCAAAGACCAGGAGAUUGAUGUUACCAGAUCCGAUGCUGUUGACUACAGUAUUGUCUCUCCCCCGACACUGGACUGCUGGCUCAUGUCUGCUGAGUCUGCCCUGCAGAGACGCCUGGAGGAUUUCAUCGUUACACAACUUUAACUGAGAAACAUGUUGAAUCACUUGCAAAGAUUUCAUUAUUUGAUCGCUUUAAUGUUUGCAAUGAAAGCUAGGUGUAUGAUUACUUUUUCCUACUUUAUCACCUGUUUUCCCCACCAUUUCCUGACCUCAUCAUUUCGGUACUCUUUCACAAAAGCUGUACAUACUUGAAGACGGAAAUAAUAAAUGUAUUUUUGCUUGACACCAUA